AUGGGAUCAGAUGAGAUCAAGUUGGAUAAAGCAACAAAUAACAGGAUCCAUCCUGAUCUGAUCUGCUUAUCUGAUCAAGCGAGUUCAAAUGUAUUUGAUCUGAUGAAUUCGGAUCCAGAAUUUCAACUUCAUCGUGCCGAUGAAAUGACCUAUUACUACAGCGAACGAGAACACUCGUGGGUGGCAAGCUGCGAUCAAUCUCAAGAAAAGUUCCCAUGUCCCAAUUGCUCCAGCUUAUUUAAAUAUAAACGUAAUCUAAUCGCUCAUUGUAAAACCGAAUGCGGCAAGAAGAGAUCAUUUAAAUGUGAUAUUUGUUUCAAGUCGUUUACUUAUAAGCAUAAUUUAGAAAGACAUAUGGGUAUUUUACACAAAAUGAUAUUGCAAAAACGUAACCUAUUAGCUCAUUUGAAAACCGAAUGCGGAACGAAAAAAUUAUUUAGAUGCGAUGUAUGUUUGAAAAAGUUCACUUAUAAACAUCAUUUAAGAACGCAUAUGGCUCUAAUACAUAAAAUAAUACUCUCCAAACUGCCUCAUCAAUGGAUGCAAUCGAAAUACAGCAAUGAAAAAACAUCGGAGAUAUUCUCGUGUCCGAAAUGUACCAGCGUUUUUAAAUACAAACAUAAUUUGGUAGCUCACGUUAAAACCGAAUGUGGCAAGAAAAGGUCAUUCAAAUGCGACGUUUGCUUCAAAGAGUUCAGUUAUAAGCAAAAUUUUAUUUGCGAAGAUGAAACGAAUUUUUAUGCCGGAUUAUCGCAAAGUUCGAGUUCGACAGUACCAGGCCCUUCGCUGUCACCCCCCGGAUCAUUUACGUGUCCUAAUUGUCAGAAUGUUUUUAAAUACAAAGGCAACUUGAACGCUCACAUGAGAACCAAAUGUGGAAAGAAGAAAUCAUUCGUGUGCGAUGUCUGCUUGAAAGGAUUCACUUAUAAACAUCACUUGAAAACACAUAUGGGUCUUGUUCAUAAAAUACUACUCAAAUCUUGA